AUGGCUACAGUUACAAAGAAAGUGAUAGCUAUAUGUCAAUCAGGAGGUGAGUUUGUGAGCAAUACAGAUGGAUCAAUGUCAUACAGUGGAGGUGAUGCUUAUGCAAUUGACAUUGAUCAGGAGACUGUUUUGUCUGAUUUCAAGUCUGAAAUUGCUGAAAUGUUUAACUGCAAUGUGGACACCAUGAGCAUUAAGUACUUUCUGCCUGGCAAUAAGAGAACACUCAUUACGGUUUCGAAAGACAAGGAUUUACAACGCAUGGUUAGUUUUCUUGGAGAUGCUACCACGGUUGAUGUGUUUGUGUUAACUGAGGAAGUUGCGGCACGGAAUACUUCCAACAUGCCUGCUAGUAGGUCAAGCAGGACAACUGUGUCAGAAGCUGUUGUUCCUGAUGUUCUCCCUAUUAAUAUAGCAGCCGUUGAUGCCGCACAAUCCAUUGAACAAGUUGAGAUGGAUAUAGCUAAUGAAGCCCCUUCUCAAUCUCUUUGUUCCGGGGCCAAUGAUGAUAAGCCUCAUAGAGCAGCACAGCAGUGGGAAAAUACCAUCACUGGUGUCGACCAAAGGUUUAAUAGUUUUAGCGAAUUCCGAGAGGCAUUGCAUAAGUACUCUAUUGCACAUGGUUUUGCUUACAGAUAUAAGAAAAACGAUAGUCACCGUGUCACGGUCAAAUGUAAAUCUCAAGGCUGUCCCUGGAGAAUAUAUGCAUCAAAGUUAUCAACCACUCAGUUGAUUUGCAUCAAGAAAAUGACCAGAAACCAUACUUGUGAAGGAUCAGCUGUCAAAGCUGGGUAUCGUGCAACUAGAGGUUGGGUGGGAAGUAUUAUAAAAGAGAAAUUGAAAGCUUCACCCAAUUACAAGCCAAAGGAUAUUGCAGAUGACAUAAAGCGCGAGUAUGGGAUACAGUUAAAUUAUUCUCAAGCAUGGCGUGCAAAAGAAAUUGCUAGAGAACAACUUCAAGGCUCCUAUAAAGAAGCAUAUACUCAAUUGCCAUUCUUCUGUGAGAAGAUAAAAGAGACAAAUCCAGGUAGUUUUGCAACAUUCACGACGAAAGAGGACUCAAGUUUCCAUCGUCUUUUUGUAUCAUUCCAUGCCUCAUUAACUGGUUUCCAGCAAGCCUGCCGCCCUCUCAUUUUCCUUGACAAAACUCCUUUAAACUCAAAGUAUCAAGGAGAAUUAUUAGCUGCAAUUUCUGUCGAUGGAAAUGAUGGCAUUUUUCCUGUAGCCUUUGCUGUUGUAGAUGCUGAAACUGAAGACAACUGGCAUUGGUUUCUGCAGGAGCUGAAAUCAGCUUUAUCAACAUCUGAACAGAUUACAUUUGUUUCAGAUUUUCAGAAUGGGCUAAAAAAGUCAUUGUCUGAGAUAUUUGGAAACUGCUACCACGGCUAUUGUUUACGUCACCUUGCUGACAAACUGAACAGAGAUUUGAAGGGGCAAUUCUCUCAUGAAGCCAGACGUUUCAUGGUUAAUGAUUUUUAUGCCGCUGCAUACGCAACCAAACCAGAAAUUUUCGAACGUAGUAUUGAGAAUAUAAAAGGUAUUUCUCCUGAAGCCUACAACUGGGUCUUACAAAGUGAGCCAGAGCACUGGUCCAAUGCAUUCUUCAAUGGAACUAGGUAUAAUCAUAUGACAUCAAAUUUUGGACAGCAGUUUUACAGUUGGGUCUCAGAGGCACACGAGUUGCCAAUUACUCAAAUGAUUGAUGUAUUACGAGGUAAUAUGAUGGAAACAAUUAGCACGCGUCGAGAAGAGUCUAAUCAAUGGAUAACGAAAUUGACACCUUCCAAGGAGGAAAUGAUCCAAAAGGAAGCAUCAGAUGCUCGCUCACUACAAGUGUUGCUCUCACAAGGUACGACAUUUGAGGUCUGCGGAGAAUCUGUUGAACUUGUUGAUAUUGACAAUUGGGAUUGUAGCUGCAGGGGAUGGAAACUUAGUGGCCUUCCUUGCUGCCAUGCUAUUGCUGUCUUUGAAUGUGUUGGUAGGGACCUAUAUGAUUACUGUUCCAGAUACUUCACAGUUGAGAAUUACAGAUUAACAUAUGCCGAACCAAUUCACGCGCUUCCGGAUAUUGACAGACCAGUCCAGGUUGAACCGGAUAUGGCAGUUACCAUAGUAACCCCUCCACCAACUAAGCGGCCUCCUGGCCGACCAAAAACAAAGCAGGUUGAAUCGAUAGACAUAAUUAAACGUCAACUUCAAUGUGGCAAAUGCAAAGGGCUUGGUCACAAUCGGAAGACGUGCAAACUUCCAUAG